AACGCACGGCGGCGGACGCGCGCAGGGUUCUCAGAGCGCGUGUGGGCGGCCUCUCCCGGGCCCGGCCCCGACCCCAGCGCGCCCGCCUGCCCCAGGAUGCUGCUCCGGCCCCGGCGGCCGCCCCCGCCCGCGCCCCUGGCGCCACCGUCGCCGGCCAGUAGGGACCCCGAGCCGCGGCCAGUCGGGGAAGCCCCGGGGACCCCGCCCGGGCGGCCCGCCUCGCCCGGCGCGCUGGCGGCGCCCGCGUCCCCCGGGUCGCCCGUGUCCCCGGGCUCGGCGCAGCGCACGCCCUGGAGCGCGCACGAGACGGAACUGCUGCUGGGCACGCUGCUGCAGCCGGCCGUGUGGCGCGCGCUGCUGCUCGACCGCCGCCGCGCGCUGCCCACCUACCGCCGCGUGUCGGCCGCGCUGGCCCGCCAGCAGGUGCGGCGCACGCCCGCGCAGUGCCGCCGCCGCUACAAGUUCCUCAAGGACAAGCUCCGCGACGCGCACGGCCAGCCGCCCGGGCCCUUCGACGCGCAGAUCCGCCAGCUCAUGGGGCUGCUGGGCGACGACGGGCGCAGACGCGGCCGCCGCCGCUCCCCCGGGCCCCGCCGCGGCCGCCGCCCGGCCCCCGGCGCGCCCUUCGCGCCCGCCGAGCCGGACGCCCCGCCACUCCUCGCCGCCCGCGACCCCGACGCGGACCCCGCCUGGACGCUCAGGUUCAGCCGGUUCUCGCCCAAGUCUGGGGACGCCCCCCGCGCCCCCGGCUCCCCGACGGCGCUCUCCACCUUCCCUCCCGCGCCCGGCCGCCCCGAGGACCACGCGCCCUUCCGCGCCCCUGUCACCCCGUCGCCGCCCCCAGACUCCGCCUGGGAAGACGCCGACUCGCCACCCGGCUGCCCCGAGGACCACACGCCCCCGCAGCCCGCGCCCCCGUCGCUGAAUGCCGCCCUCCUGCAGACCUUGGGGCACCUGGGCGACAUCGUGGCCAUCCUGGGCCCGCUUCGCGACCAGCUGCUGACCCUGAACCAGCACGUGGAACAGCUGCGCGGCUCCUUCGACCAGACCGUGUCCCUGGCCGUGGGAUUCAUCUUAGGCAGUGCCGCCGCCGAGCGAGGCGUCCUGGCGGACCCGCGCGAAUGAGGCCUGGCCUGUGGCCUGCUCCCUCCGUAGAGCCGCGCCCCCCUCGCCCUGACCCGGUCCUGCGGUCCUCCCCCACCCCAGACCUAGGUACGUUCAAUAAAAAGAUUGCUUUUCCCGA